AGUGUCAGUUGUAUAUUUUACACGUUUUAUGAACGAAUUACAUAAUUAUGAAACGGGAUAAUCUAUCCAAAUAGUUUAAAUUGUUUUUGAAAUCUCGUGAAUCUCGGCAUGUCAAGAUGAGUGUGGAACAAAAAUCAAGUGAUGAAGACUACAAUCCAUUUGAACAUAGAGACGUUAAAAAACCUAACUCAGACAUCAGGUCGCUGGCGAAUCUAAUCAAGUCUUCCCUUGGCUCGGGGUUGCUAGCAGUGCCUCUGGCCUUUGCCAAUGCAGGCUGGGGAGUGGGCCUGGUGGGCACCGUGGUCAUCGCCUUCAUAUGUGGCCACUGCGUGCAUAUGUUUGUUUCAACAUCGCGAGGGUGUUGUCGGUUAGAGAAGAAACCAUUACUAGGGUAUGCAGAAACAUGCCAAGCUGCUUUUGCCAAUGGACCUAAACCAGUGAGAAGAUGGGCUAAGGCUGCUAGCAUAUUUGCGGAAUUCUCGUUACUUUUUACAUACAUUGGAGUGUGCUGCAUAUUCACGGUACUUAUAGCGGAUUCGAUCAAGCAGCUAUUCGACACGUAUUUCCCUGUAUUUAUACUGCCUGUGCAAUACUACUGCCUGAUCAUAAUGGUGCCACUUUGCCUCAUGGUUCAGAUCAGGCACUUGAAAUACCUAGCGCCUUUCUCGCUUGUAGCCAACGUGUUGCUGGUAACAACAUUUGCUAUAUGCCUGUACUACAUCUUUAAAGAUGAAAUUAACUAUCAAGACAAAAGGAUCGUUGGUGAUCCUGCAAGAUUUCCUGCAUUCCUUUCAACGGUAAUAUUUGCAAUGGAAGGCAUUGGCGUGGUAAUGCCUGUUGAAAAUGCCAUGAAAAAGCCUCAACACUUCCUUGGGUGCCCCAGUGUGCUGGUCAUAGCCAUGACUGCUAUAAUGCUGCUGUACGGAUCUCUAGGACUGUUCGGAUAUUUCAAGUACGGAGAUGUGCUUAGAGGUUCGAUCACUUUGAACCUACCCGUCGAUGACUGGCCAGCAAUUUGUGCAAAAUGCUUCAUAGCGCUGUCGAUACUGUUUACGUAUCCCCUUCACUUCUUUGUGGUGAUAGACAUCAUCACAAGGUGCACCAAACCAUACAUCAAAGAGGAACAUCAGAACAUCAUACAAGUUAUUGCAAGAACGGCAAUCGUCAUUUUUUGCGGUGGAAUUGGCAUUGCAUUGCCAAUGUUGGAGCAAAUCAUCAACUUGGUUGGUGCUCUUUUCUACUCCAUCCUCGGGCUCAUCAUUCCUGGAGUCAUCGAGACGGUGUUCCUGUGGGAAAACCUGGGAAAGUACAACUGGAUUCUCUGGAAAAACAUCUGUAUCGUUCUAUUUGGGCUACUGGCCUUGGUGUCAGGGUGCACUGUUACCAUUAUGGACAUUAUUGAAAAGUUGAAUGUGAAAACUGAAUGAAAUGUGUUUUAAGCAAUAGUAAUAGAAUUUUAGAUAAGAAACUUCGAAGAUAUGAACACUUUAUUUAUAAGUCCAUUCUACUAUAAUGCCUUGGUUAAUAAAAAAAAUUAGAAAUCCAA